AUGAAUUACAAUUUUAUUAAUAUCUUCAAAUUUCUUCCAUGAGGUAUCGGCAUGAAGAAUGUCACUGAAGUCACCAUAUUUGUACUGAAGGGCUUCACAGAUAAGCCUGAGCUGCAGACAGUCUUGUUCUUCGUGUUUCUAACAAUCUACCUCUUUACUAUGAUGGGAAAUUUGGUUUUAGUUUUAUUGGUCAUUAGGGAUUCCCAGCUCCACAACCCCAUGUACUAUUUUCUGAGUGUAUUAUCAUCUGUGGAUGCUUGCUUUUCCUCAGUAAUUACCCUAAAUAUGUUAGUAGAUUUUAUGUCAAAGAAUAAAGUCAUUUCAUUCCUUGGAUGUGCAGCACAGAUGUUUCUCGCUGUUACUUUUGGGACCACAGAAUGCUUUCUCUUGGCUGCCAUGGCUUAUGAUCGCUACGUAGCAAUCUACAACCCUCUCCUCUAUUCCGUGAGCAUGUCACCCAGAGUCUAUGUGCCACUCAUCAUUGCUUCCUAUGUCGGUGGCAUUUUGCAUGCUUCUGUACACACAGUGGCCACGUUCAGCUUAUCCUUCUGUGCAUCCAAUGAAAUUAGGCAUGUCUUUUGUGACGUCCCUCCACUACUUGCCAUUUCUUGUUCUGACACCCACACAAACCAGCAGCUGCUCUUCUACUUCGUAGGAGCUAUUGAGACAGCCACUAUCCUGAUAGUCCUGAUCUCCUAUGGCUUCAUUGUGUUGGCCAUUCUGAACAUGAAUUCUGCUGAGGGGAGGCUGAAAGUCUUUUCUACGUGUGCUUCUCACCUAACUGGAGUGUCAACAUAUCAUGGAACCAUCCUCUUCAUGUAUGUGAGACCAAGUUCCAGCUAUUCUCUGGACCAUGACAUGAUAGUGUCAAUAUUCUACACGAUUGUGAUUCCCAUGCUGAAUCCCAUCAUCUACAGUUUAAGGAACAAAGAUGUAAAAGAGGCAAUGAAAAGAAUGUUUGGUAAAAAUUGGUUUAUUAAUUAUAUUUUUCACACUAAACAUUAA